GCUCUCAUUUUUGGCCAAUACGUUCAACAAGUUUCAUCCUUUUUACGUGUCAUGGCAUUUACCUCCAAGACUACCAUUGCUGCUGCCGCAGGCGCAGUAGCACUCUUGAGCGGAGCAAGCUUCGUGUCAGCGCCCGCCACCAGCACUAGCCACCUUCGAGCCACUGCCUCAUCUGCUGCAGCUACACCAAGCGUGCAGGCGCCAAGCCAAGCGGCCGCCCUUGCAGUGGCUGGUGUCGCAGUGGCAGCCUUGACGGCCAGUGGUCGCAAGGCACUCAGCAUCAAGCCUCAAUUGGUGCCUGCAGCAGGUUGGGGACAGAUCUUGGCCUACAUGGCAUUCUGCGAGGUGUCCCAGGAUCAGUCUCCUGGCACACCUGCUGCUGCGGGAGACUUUGGCUUCAAGGUCUUGACUUCAUCUGACCCUGAAGAGAAAACGAAAAAGCUCUCAGCGGAGCUGGCAAACGGACGACUUGCGAUGAUGGCGAUCAUUGGCAUGUUUUUCCAGGAUGGCCUGACCGGCAGCGCCUGGGGAGACUGGGCCAACUACACUGCAUCUCCUUUGCGAGCAUUCGAGAAUGAGCUGGGUGUGCAAGCACCAGUUGGGUUUUGGGAUCCUGCUGGUUUCACUGCGGAUGGCAGCGUUGAGGACUUCCAGCGACGUCGUCAGACCGAGUUGAAGCACGGAAGAAUCUCCAUGUUGGCCACCAUGGGUUAUAUUACUCCUGAGAUCACUGGAAAGUUGCCAGGUUAUCUUUCGCCAUCUGCCGGCUUGAAGUUCGCCGACGUGCCCAACGGACUUGCAGCGAUUUCCAAGGUGCCUGCAGCAGGUUGGGGACAGAUCUUGGCCUACAUGGCAUUCUGCGAGGUGUCCCAGGAUCAGUCUCCUGGCACACCUGCUGCUGCGGGAGACUUUGGCUUCAAGGUCUUGACUUCAUCUGACCCUGAAGAGAAAACGAAAAA